AUUGAGAAAAGCUCAUUCAACUUUUCCAAGUGGUGGGAUGUAGCAAGCAGAUCCUGAAUGAAUGCCAGCUGUGGAUAUUAUAUUUGUUUUUUGUUGUUGAUUAAGCUCCUUUUUUUUUCUUGGAAGCUCUUCUGUCGAGGUUAACAAGAGAAGAGGAAUAUACACUUUCAAAGGAGAGCUUUUUGUAUAUGGUGAAAGAUUCUAGUGUGGUUUCAUAAAAAGAAAUUUACAAUGGAUGAAUUUUAUGAUCAGCAGGUUCCACUCAUGAUCCAAGGAAAAUCGCACCCAGGAGAAUUUCGUGCAAGAUCAAUGAAUGACAGAAAAAGGAAAUUUCUGGACACGGAUCUAGCUCAUGACUCUGAAGAACUCUUCCAAGACCUGAGCCAGCUGCAAGAGGCUUGGUUAGCUGAAGCCCAAGUGCCUGAUGAUGAGCAGUUUGUCCCGGAUUUCCAGUCUGAUAACUUAAUGUUCCAUGGGCCUCCAUCAAUGAAAAUAAAGCGUGAAAUGCCCAGCCCCUCGUCCGAGCUCUCCUCCUGUAGCCAUGAACAGAAUUUCCAUGGUAGCCAUGGUGAAAAGUGCCUCUAUAGUUAUAGUGCCUAUGACAGGAAGCAACCUGCAGGAUUUAAGCCAUUGUCUCCACCUAGCACUCCACUAUCUCCGAUCCAUCAGAAUUCACCUGUCCCUCCUCCAGCACCCACUCACGUUUCCACACCGGGUCCCACACAGGUCGUAUCUCCUGCACCACCAGCUCCUCAGCAGCUGCUGCUUGACCAGUCACCACAGACCUUUGCUGUACCCCGGCCACCACAUGCAUCAAUGGCAAUGCCGCACGCUGUGUCCGAAAACCAGUUUCCUUCAGAACACAGGUUUCAGAGACAGCUGUCUGAGCCUUGUCACCCAUUCCCGCCUCAGUCUGGAGUUCCAAGGGAUAGUCGUCCAGUCUACCAUAGGCAGAUGUCUGAACCCAUUGUUCCAGCUCCUCCUCGGGGCUUCAAACAAGAGUAUCCUGAUCCAGUUUAUGACCGUGGGGUCUCAGGGGUUGGUUGCCCUACCACUUUCCAGACCCCUAUUGGCAUUAAACAGGAGCCAAGAGAUUACUGCUAUGAUUCUGAAGUGCCUAACUGCCAGUCUUCAUAUAUUAGGGGAGGUGGUGGAAGCUAUUACCCCAGUAAUCAGGAGGGUUUCCCUUAUGACAAAGACCCUCGGCUUUACUACGAUGACACUUGUGUUGUGCCAGAAAAACUGGACAGUAAGGUCAAGCAAGAAUCGCCUGUUUAUCGAGAUGGACCCCCUUAUCAGAGAAGGGGGUCUCUCCAGCUUUGGCAAUUCCUAGUCGCACUUCUGGAUGACCCUGCCAACUCUCAUUUUAUAGCCUGGACAGGCAGAGGCAUGGAAUUCAAGCUGAUUGAGCCUGAAGAAGUGGCUCGUCGUUGGGGGAUCCAGAAGAAUAGACCAGCCAUGAAUUAUGAUAAGCUCAGUCGUUCUCUUCGCUACUAUUAUGAAAAGGGUAUUAUGCAGAAGGUUGCUGGUGAGCGAUAUGUGUACAAAUUUGUUUGUGAUCCUGAAGCACUUUUUUCCAUGGCCUUCCCGGACAAUCAGCGUCCAUUUCUUAAAACAGAAUUGGUGGACUGCCCCAUUACAGAAGAAGACACAGUACCCUUAACACACUUCGAGGACAAUUCGGGCUAUUUGUUAGAUGUAGACCAUUGCAACAACUUACAGUAUACAGAAAGCUUUGCAUACUGAUGUACAUGGUGCGACACCAGAUGGGACAUGUAGCACUCCACAGCUGAAAUCGGAGCAGCAUGUAUUGAAAUGUUGCACUCGGCUGUUUUCAAAAUUGAGCUCUUCAGAUAUUUUUGAAGAGCUUGCAGUACACUGGAGCUGGCCACCUCUGAUGGCGAUUACUUGAUUACUACCUUGUAAUUUCCUAAUGAGGCAUUCAUACGUGUGAUCUUCUCCAGUAUAAGCUCCCUCACUGUGGCCGUGGAGGGAGAGGCAGCUCUGAAUUAACUAGGCCUUGUUAUGGACACGAGAGGUGUGAGCUGCAUUCUUAGGUGAUGCUCUGAGAGCUUGGAUAGACUAUUUGACUGUAGUGGUAUUUUUUUCCCCAUUAUGACAAUCUUGCUUUGCAUUGACCACAGUACUUGUAGCUGCCUUUUUGAUGCAGAGAGAAUAAAGGGCUGUAAUUUGCACAAACGAUAAGUUUAAGGUAUUGUAUCUGGCAUCAGAUUUGAGUCUGUUGCACACAAAUCCAUCAGUGCUUUACCUUUCAGUGAAUCCAACCUGAGAUGUCAGUAAUUACAGAAUGCGUGAACUUGAUGUGGGUGGGUGUAGAUAGAGAAUCAAUUAAUUACCCUGAAAAGACAACUGUUAUAAUACAUCUCCUUGCUUAACUGUAUUCUGCAACCUUUUGACUGUUUGGAACCAUAUACUGGCAUUUGCCCGUAGUAGCUUUAAGAAAAUUAUAUGCAUGAUCUGCCCCCAACAGCAUUCUGUUAUAGGACAGUAUUUCUAAGGUUUUGAAGAAUUUUUAAGAAUUUUUGUAGUUCUUUUUGUAUUUAUGGCAAGGACCUUAUUUUAAUAAAUAUUGCACUCCUUGUU